AUGAUGGUUGAUUUUGUUGAAUUUUCCUCUACUUAUCCAUUUGAAUUUGAACAAUCACCCAUUGUUGUCAUUGAACUAUCCUCACUUACAUUUCAUGAAUCACCAGAAAAUCAGAUAUUAUGUCAACCGUAUUUUAGCUCAAAUUCUUAUAAAAUUGCAUUUUAUGCAAAUUCGACAGCUUAUUAUGAAGAAUUAACUGAAGAUAAAAUUCGUCAACGUAUAGCCAUUUUAAAUCCACAAUUAGAAAUAACCGAUAUUAAAACGGUUCUUGAACAAAUUCGUGAAAUGUUAGAUAAUAGAAAAUCAGAAAUUAAUUUUAAAUUAUUAUCACCAAAUUUAGUUGCAAUUGAAAUUAAAGAAGGUCCAUUUAAAUAUAAAUUUCGUUGUGAACAAAAAACAGAAUUAUAUGAAGAACAAUAUGUGAAACAUUUGUUAAUACAAAUAAGGGAAUUACAAUUACGUGAGAAAAAGCUACAACAAUUGUUAACAAGUAGACCAGAAAAUGAGUUUAAUGGCGCGCCGGUUGAUGAAGAUGGUGACGAUGAUGACUACGAUCUACUUAAUGAUAACUUAUUUGAAUAUGCGUUUAAUCAACAUGGUCGACAACUUGUUUCAAUGGCAUUUUUAAAACGUGACUAUUUUAAAUAUCGAAAAGCCAUUGAUCCAUCAGCUACAGCACCACCAUCAUUGGCAACAAAAAUUGCUAUGAUAAUAGAUGGUUUGCCAUUGGCAGCAAGAAAACUCAAUCUCAUCGUUAAACGAAAAGAAAAUGAAUUAGCCGAAAUCGAAGAGAAAAUCAAACGAAAACGUUUUGAAUUAGAAGUAUUGGGACCCGACAGGCUAAUGGUGCCACAUCACAGUCAUACUGAUGAACAAGCAAAACUAUCAAAAGUACAACAAAAUGGAGAGAUCACACGAACUAAACAAAAUCUUUCGGCAUUUUCAAACGAUGAAUUAUCAUACAAAAACGGUGUAGAAAAUAUGAUCAUUGAUGACAUUGUUAAAUUAAUUGUGGCAAAUGAAGAAAUUCAAGGAAAAAAUGGCUAA